AUGGAUCCUCAGACUGCCUCAGAGCUCUCUAAGCUCAAUGAUGCCGAUAAGAAGGAAUUGAACCAGAUCCUUGCCAAUGAGGCUCAGAAGUCCAACAUUCAGCAGAUGGUCCACCAGCUCAACGACGUUUGCUGGAAGAAGUGCGUCACCGGCAAGAUUACCUCCAAGACCCUCGACCGUACCGAAGAAGCCUGUGCACAGAACUGUGUUGAUCGGUGGAUGGAUACCCAGAUGGGUAUUCUGAAGCACUUGGAGAAUAUGCGUGGUCACUAA